ACUAUGCAAUUCCUGGAAGAUCAUCCUGAUACACAAUCGACCAGUACCAAGAUUUUCUUGUUGGAAUUGCCAGAAAUUUCAUCAAGGAAUUGUACGGACUGGGAGCUAGGAAAAUAUCCCUUGGAGGUCUACCCCCAAUGGGUUGCUUGCCAUUGGAGAGGACAACCAAUUUCAUGGGUGGAAAUGAGUGUUUGGAUAGUUACAACACUGUUGCUUUGCAGUUCAAUGACAAACUGAAGGGCUUGACCAUAGGCCUCAACAAGGAGCUUCCUGGGAUCAGAUUGGUUUUUUCAAAUCCAUAUUAUAUUUUUAUGCAGAUCAUCAGAAGGCCUUCUAUGUAUGGAUUCUCUGCAAGCUCAGUGGCAUGCUGUGCAACAGGAAUGUUCGAGAUGGGGUACGCAUGUAAUAGAAACAAUAUGUUUACAUGCUCGGAUGCUAACAAAUAUGUGUUUUGGGAUUCUUUCCAUCCUACAGAAAAGACGAACCAUAUCAUCUCAGAUUAUAUGGUCAAAAAAGUUCUCUUUCAGUUUCUUUCAUAAAUAAUUACUCCUAUA